CGGCGGCGGCGCCAGGGAGAGCCGGGCCGAGCCGGGCCGGGCCGGGCCGGGCACUGCCCCCUCCCAGGGCACCAAGGGGCCGGGCCUUUCGGGCACUAUCCUUCCUCGGAGCCACCCACUGACCUCUCCCAGCGGCCCAGCCCCUUAAGGAAGAUGGCUCUGUCCCCAUGGGGGCUGGCCCCUUCCCUACUCCGGCUCCUCUGCCUCUUCCUGACCCUGCCAAACCCCGGGCGGCUCCAGUCCCAGGCUGAGCCUUGUCAAACCUGCCGUGGCCUCGUCAACAGUUUCAGCAAGGGCCUGGAACGAACAGUGCGGGAGAAUUUUGGAGGUGGUAACACGGCCUGGGAGGAGGAGAAGCUGGCCAAAUACAAGGACAGUGAGACCCGGUUGCUGGAGGUGCUGGAGAGCGUGUGCAGUAAGUCAGACUUCGAGUGUCACCGGCUGCUGGAGCAGAGUGAGGAGCUGGUGGAGACCUGGUGGUUCCACAAGCAGCAGCAGGCCCCGGAUCUCUUCCAGUGGCUUUGCAUGGACUCCCUGAAGCUGUGCUGCCCACCUGGCACCUAUGGUCCAUCCUGCCUGGCCUGUGCCGGGGGCUCGGAGCAGCCCUGCAGCGGCAAUGGGCGCUGUGAUGGGGAGGGCACCCGUGCGGGCAGUGGGCGCUGUGACUGCCGGCCCGGUUACGGGGGCCCCGCCUGCGCCCAGUGCGGGGAUGGCUACUACGAGGUCGUGCGCAACACCAGCCACCUGGUAUGUGCGGCCUGCUUUGACUCGUGUGCCCGCUGCUCAGGGCCCGAAGAGUCUAGCUGUCUGCGAUGCAAACGGGGCUGGGUCCUGCACGACCACAAGUGUGUGGACAUCGACGAAUGCGGGACGGAGCUCGCCAGCUGCAGAGACGACCAGUUCUGUGUGAACACAGAUGGUUCCUAUGAAUGUCGAGAUUGUGCCAAGGCCUGUGCUGGCUGCAUGGGGGCCGGGCCUGCCCGCUGCAAGAGGUGUGGCCGGGGUUACCAGCGGGAUGGAGUCAAAUGCCUCGACAUAGAUGAAUGUGCCAGCGAGAGCCCAGUGUGUCCGGGAGCCCACGAGCACUGUGAGAACACCGACGGUAGCUACCGCUGUGUCUGUGCUGAGGGGUAUGGGCGGAGUCAGGGCAGCUGUGUGCUGGAGCAACCUGCAGAGCCCGCGCCCGGUGGCUUCUUCUCGGAAGUGACAGACGAUGAGGUGGUGGUCCUGCAGCAGAUGUUCUUUGGUGUGGUCAUCUGUGCUCUGGCCACCCUGGCCGCCAAGGGGGACAUGGUCUUCACUGCCAUCUUCAUCGGGGCUGUAGCUGCAAUGGCUGGCUACUGGCUCUCAGAGCGCAGUGACAGGGUGCUCGACGGCUUCAUCAAGGGCAGAUAAUCUCGGGGGCAGGCUCCACCCCCCUCCCCCCACCGUCCCCCAAGCCACGGUUAGGAGAUGACCCUCCCCCACCCAUGGAUGUGGUGGAUGCCCCCCCCCCCCCCCCCCCAGGGUGCCAGGGCUGGGUGACGGGCAGGGCGAUGCUCCUCUGGGUCUAAAGGCUAGCCUCCAAAGUUGUAGGCUGCAGUGGGUGGGGUCUGGUUCUCUCCUGGCUGCCGAGGGGACGGGAUACAGAGGCUGGGGCCCGGCCCGAGGCAAAGAAGAAAGGAGAUGACGUGAGGGCCCAGACUACUGUUCUGUCCUCCCGGCCCAGCCUGGGUCCGGACUCUUGCAUUCAAGGCUAUAAGCCCUUCCCCUGGUCCCAUCUAGUGCCUCUUUGCUCCCGGUUUCCCUUUCAGAGAAGAGAACGCCGAGCUGGUUGCGAGGGAAGGAAGACAGGGAGAAAGAGGAAGGUGGGUGGCUGGCUCGUCUUUCUGCAACUACCCGAGGGCCGAACCAGAGGCUGCCUGGUGCCCUUCCUCCUGCUCCCACCCCCUGGUUGCUGUUCAUGCUACGGCACCCCCUCUCCUCCUCCUCUUCCUUCCCCGUCUGGGACUGUGGGGUGGGGAGUGACUCGUGAGCCCUGUUGUCUUUCCCCUUAAGCCUUGCCCAGCCCUGGUGACCAGAAAGGUUCAUGCAACGGGGCAGGGCCCCUCCCGGGGCCAGAGUAGGGGGCAGCCAGGAAAGGUGGAUGGAGAGAGGGUGGCUGGGUCCAGCCUGACCUCUUUUCUAGCCCCCUGCUGUGUGCGUGGUUUUUAGAGAUACUCUUUCUUAUUGGAGGGAGCCCAAGUCUUGCCCCCCAGGGCCCUCCUUCCCCAGCCCCUUGAGGCACAGGUAGGGAGGUCUGCACACGAGUUGGGGGGGGGGGGCAGAGGGGCCAGAGCCUCCUGCAUGUCCCCCCACCCUCGCUUUGCCUUGGUUUAUUUAUUCAUUUCUCAGGAAAUAAAAUUAUUCCCAAAUCUUCU